UUUGCCAGUGAUCGCUUGGGUGGUUGUCCUGGUUUGCUGGAAACCAUACUCCAAUGCAUUCUCAGUCUGCCCCAACGAAUGCCAGAUAGCAAACGUUUCGAUCUUCUCCUUUGUGCGCUUGUGUUUUGCCCAUUGAAUGUCAUUUGUUUUGUGUUCUUGUUCUCUCGACUUUCGGUUACGAUAUCGUUCAAACAGUUAUUCCUUACUCGUGAGGAGCAAGCCCGAAAUCAUGACUUUGAACGGGACGAUGAUGAUGACGAGGCUGCCCGUCGACGCCGCGAACAAUUGGAAGCUUCAUCGGCGCUACCGAAUAGUGCUGUGGAACAAGCACGAUUUGGCCGACCCACUCACAUAGAAGAAGCUGGCCUCAAAUGGCGCCUAAUUGAGGAUCGCAAAGCGACUGGCUUCGUUCCAACUGGUGGCAUUAUGGGCCGUAAGUGGCGGACAAAAAGCAGACGGUCUCGUCGACGAUUCAACCCAGGUAUGAUGGACGAAUACGAUGAUGAGUCAGCUGUACGUCGACGGGGUGGUGAGAAUGAAGAUGACGACGACGAUGAAGAGGAUGAGGCACCCAGUGAAGGCAGCAAUGAUAGUGAAGAGGACGAGGACGACGAGUGCGAAGAAGAUGACGACGACGACGAAAGCGUAGGAAGUGGCGCUGAUGUGGAGUUCGUAGCGGACACGCAGGAAGAACAGGAGCGUUUGGCCGAGCGUAUGUGUCAAGCACAGCGACACAUGGAGGAUUCUGUUGUUGCUGCGUAUGCUGGAUGCAUUCUUCAAUCGAGUCCUCGCUACGCGGAUCGGAUUCGAUCCAAGUUACCCGAUGGUCAAUUUCGUCCGUUGGCUAUUAUGCUAGCCAAACUGCUAAGUUUUCUCUCUCUCACCAAGGGAGUGGGCUCUUCCGGUUCCGAAUCAAUUUUACGUAUUGUGCGUGUGCUUGAGGCACAGGACAAGACACCAGUGGCGACGACAACCAACGGUGAAGCAACAUCGACCACACGACCAACAAAGAUGAACUGA